ACUUUCUUGAAUAUCAUGACUCUUGAAGCUCCGAGUUCUCCUCCCAUGGCCGCCACCCCUUUCCCCACUAACAAGUACGAAGAAGUUAUUCACGACGACGGCAACAGCAAUCAGGUAGAGUCCUGGAAGAAAGGCAAGCGCUCAAAGCGACAACGCGAUAACGAAUCUUCUCCACCACCGCUGACGACUGAGGAGGAAUACCUUGCUCUCUGUCUCAUCAUGCUAGCUCGUGGAAACAACGCUUCUGAUUGCUGCAUAUCUUCGCCUUCGUCGGAAGCGAGAGCUGCUCCGCCGGGUUUGAAGUUGUCUUACAAGUGCAGUGUUUGCGACAAGGCUUUCCCAUCUUACCAGGCUCUGGGUGGUCAUAAAGCCAGCCACCGCAAACCUUCCACCGACGGAGCUGCUGAUAAUCGAUCUAUCCCCAGCACCACCACCACCAGCGGCGAAACUGGAGGUAACGGUAGAGCACAUACGUGUUCUAUCUGUCAUAAGGCUUUCCCUACAGGCCAAGCCUUGGGAGGCCACAAACGCCGCCACUAUGAAGGCGGAAACAGCAACAGUAACAAGAGUGGUAGCGUCAGCCUCAGCGGAGUGACGGUGUCGGAAGGUGGCGCGCUGAGCCAAACCAAUCAAGUCGAAUUCGCCUUUGACCUGAACUUGCCCGCUUUGCCGGAGUUGGGCGUGGAAAACAGAGAUGGAAGAUUUACAGAACAAGAGGUUGAGAGUCCAUUGCCGACAAAGAAACCACGUUUCAUGAUUGAUUCUUUAGCACAACAUUAAUCUUUUUUUGGGGGACUUAAUAGAAUUAAACAUGAAAUGAUUUUAUUU